AUGCCACAUAUUGAAGAGUUGCCGACGACGGCAAAGGCAGCAGCGCCAGGAUGGAGUUAUGUCGUCGACACUGGAUAUGAUCCUUCCAAGGCGGCCAUCAACCCUUCCAGUCGCAAACGCGUGCGCGCCUCUGCGGCAGGCCUCAGUCAAGGCGACCUGACCAUCCGUCAACAAACUGCCAUCCAGCGACAUCUAGACGACCUCGACAAGGACAGCCAUAAACCCGUCAACAUCGCCCCACCGAAAUCGAAUCGUCGUCAGACUCAAAACACGCGUCGCAUCUUGGCUUCAGGAAAGGACUUUUCGCAUUACUUGGACCAAGAUGAGGCCGCAUUGGCUCUGAAGCACCAUCACGCUCCUGCCACAGCCACAGCCACAGCCACAGCCACAGCCGAACCUAGUCCCGCCCCGACUGCUGCUGCUUCGAAUGCUGCUUCCACCGCUCCCCAGGCGCCCCUGAUACCUUCUUUCCUCAAGCCUUACCUUGUCGACGCUUCUGCCGACACUCAGAAGCUGCAACACGAUUCCCUACUAUCACCACCGGCCCCGCUCACGGCCACCACUGCUGAGAUCGAGGCCUUGCUCUCAGCUCCACAACUAUCAUACAACAUGGCACGCUCUGCACCUUCUUCGGCGGCUGCUCCUCCGCAAAGGGUCUUUUGUGAGAUGUGCGGAUACUGGGGUCGCGUCAAAUGCCUGAAGUGCGGCUCUCGUGUCUGCGGUCUAGAAUGCAAGAGCGCCCAUGAAGAGAGCAGAUGCAUCCGAUUCUGA